AUGUCACAAUCAGAUGUUCUCCAAAGAGGAGAUGAUUUUUUGAUGCAAUAUCCUAGAAAUUCCAAAGUAUGGAAGAUGUUCUCACAUUUUACAUGCUUAUUUACUGUUGGUGUAUCAAAACUAAUAAUUACCUCUUUGUACAAUGUUGAAUUAAAUCAUUUCGAUAGGCUAGAGAGAGCUAUUGACAAAGCACAUGAUCAAAACAGAGGUAUAAUGACUGUGAUGAACCACAUGUCUGUCAUAGAUGAUCCAUUCAUCUGGGCAGUCUUCCCAUGGAAAACAUAUCGUAAAUUAGAUAAUAUUAGAUGGUGUUUAGGUGCUCACAAUGUCUGCUUUACAAAUAAAUUUAUAUCCACCUACUUUUCAUUAGGUCAAACUUUAUCUACAGAAAGAUUUGGCGCUGGUCCAUUCCAAGGCUCAAUCGAUGCCACAGUUAGAUUGUUGAGUCCAGAUGAGACUUUAAAAAACAUGGAUACUUUGAAGUCUCACUUCAAGAUGAACAGGCCUGCCUGGGUACAUGUAUACCCAGAAGGAUUUGUGUUACAACUGCAACCACCUUUUUCAAACUCAAUGAGAUACUUUAAAUGGGGGAUUACUCGGAUGAUCUUAGAAUCAACUAGACAGCCUGUUAUUGUACCCAUAUUCACAACUGGUUUUGAAAAUAUUGCUCCUGAAGAUACGGCAGAAUCACCAGUAGAUAGGUACUUACCUGCAGGAUAUGGAACCAAAAUAAAUGUUACUGUCGGUAAGGAAAUUGAUGAACAUGUAAUAGAAAACUACAGAGCGGAAUGGAGUGCAUUAGUCGAAAAGUAUAAAAAUCCUGACUCCCCCCAUGACUUAACCGAUGAACUGAAAUGGGGCAAGGAGGCCCAAGAGUUGCGAAGUAGAGUUGCAGCUACGUUAAGAGAGAAUGUAGCUAAGAUUCGUCACGAAGAAAGAGGCUUCCCACAAGAAGAUAAACGAUUUAAAUCUCCACAAUGGUGGAAAAGAUACACUACCACUGAAGGUGCUUCUGACCCAGACGUUAAAUUUAUAGGUAAGAACUGGGCUAUAAGAAGACUUCAGUCAUGUUUGACAGGCAAAGAAUCUAAAGAUUCCAAUAAAUGA